ACGGAGGGAGUGAGGGAAGAAAAAUGGCGGGUUUGUCUUGAGUACAGAUUGAAGAGUUUGCGAAACUGGAUAGUGGCUCUGGUGAACAGUGGCCGUUCUACUUUUUAAACCUGCUCCUAUUUAUUUUGCUUUGAAGCCAUCUUUGGUGUCUCUUUUCUUUCCUCGCAGUGAGUCUGCCAAGUGAUUCCUGUGUUCCUUCUGGCUCUCGGUGCCGUCCCCACCCCUCCAGGCCACUGUGUUUUUCUUUCCUAUGUUACCGCAGCCUCCGAGCCCCGCGUUUGACUGCCCUACAUGUCGUUGUGUGGUCGUCGCGGCGGAAAAGCAGCUGAGAGUGCGCCCUUUAACCUCCGAAUCUCUGCGAGGUCCGCGGCAGCUCUACUGCCGCCGUCCCUUUUACUGUUUCUCUCGUCGUCAUGACAGGAGAGAAAGCGGAAAGGAUUUCCAACGGCCGUUCGGUGCGUAGGGAUCACAGGCUAUUCAAAGAGGAGGCUGGGGCUGAACAGGACGACGAGGCGGCAAGGACUAAAAACCGGGCUAAGCUCUUUACGAAUCACAAAUUGAUCAAGAGCCCGACUUUGACCACGGAGGCGUCCACGACUAGAAAUGAGGAUUUCCCAGUCCACGAGUGCGUCUUUAAAGGCGAUAUCCGUAGAUUAUCGUCAUCGAUAAGGACACACAAUAUAGCUCAAAAAGAUCUCCACGGAAACACACCGUUGCACCUUGCUGUGAUGCUAGGGCACAAAGAAUGUGCCCACUUACUACUUGCUCACAAUGCUGUAGUAAAGGUGAAAAAUGCUCAGGGAUGGAGUCCACUGGCAGAAGCCAUCAGCUAUGGAGACCGACAAAUGAUCACAGCUUUGCUACGGAAACUUAAGCAACAAUCAAGAGAAAAUGUAGAGGAAAAACGACCUCGAUUACUAAAAGCUCUGAAAGAGCUUGGGGACUUUUAUUUAGAACUUCACUGGGAUUUUCAAAGCUGGGUGCCUUUACUUUCCAGAAUUCUGCCUUCAGAUGCAUGUAAAAUUUACAAACAGGGUAUAAACAUCAGGCUUGACACAACUCUAAUAGACUUUACAGAUAUGAAAUGUCAACGUGGAGAUUUGAGCUUCAUUUUCAAUGGUGACGCAAUACCCUCUGAAUCUUUCAUAGUAUUAGACAACGAGCAGAAAGUUUAUCAACGAAUACAUCAUGAGGAAUCAGAGAUGGAAACUGAAGAGGAGGUAGAUAUUUUGAUGAGUAGCGACAUCUACUCAGCAACGUUAUCUACAAAAUCUAUUACCUUCACACGUGCGCAGACAGGCUGGCUUUUCCGAGAGGAUAAAACGGAACGAGUUGGGAACUUCUUAGCAGAUUUUUACUCUGUAAAUGGCCUUGUUCUGGAAUCCAGAAAACGACGUGAGCACCUCAGUGAAGAGGACAUCCUGAGAAAUAAGGCUAUAAUGGAAAGUCUGAGCAAAGGAGGAAAUUUGAUGGAACAAAAUUUUGAGCCUGUUCGUAGACAGUCACUCAGUGCCCCACCUGCUAACACAAUAACAUGGGAGGAGUACAUUUCAGCAGAGUCUGGAAAGGCUCCUCAUCUAGGAAGAGAAUUAGUCUGCAAAGAGAGCAAAAAAACAUUCAAAGCCACGAUUGCCAUGAGCCAGGAGUUUCCUCUGGGCAUUGACUCGUUACUGAAUGUUUUAGAAGUCGUAGCACCCUUCAAGCACUUUAAUAAACUCAGAGAAUUUGUUCAGAUGAAGCUUCCACCAGGAUUUCCUGUUAAACUAGACAUACCUGUGUUUCCAACCAUCACUGCCACUGUGACAUUUCAGGAAUUCCGAUAUGAUGGGUUUAACGACUCUAUCUUCAAUAUUCCGAGUGACUAUACUGAAGACCCCAGCCGGUUCCCUGAACUUUGAUUUGACUGCUUGUUAUUGUGGUACUAAAGAAAAUGUUGGGUGCUGUGUACUCUGAUUUUUAAUCCAUCCAGGAAAUUGAUUUCGUUCUUCCUUUGGUGAUACAAAGGUAUCAUUUGGAGAAACUCUGGAACAUUCCGAAGUGGAAGAAUGGAAAGUCUUGCAGAAAUAGACAAUACAGCAUUUCUUUGAUUUGGAAAAAUCCCAUUAUUAAAUUCCUGACCUUCAGUUUGAAAUGUUCUCUUUGCAAAAUCAUCCAUUUAAAACUUUAACCUUUUCAUGGAAGUGUAUAUACAUUAUAUCAAUGAUUAAACAAUUUGGUUGCUUUAAAAAAAAGGCAUUUUGCUGUAAUUCACCUUCAAGUAAUUGGCUAAAUGAGAAGACAAAGUAUCAGUAUGCAUACCAAUUAAAGACUAAAAAAAGCCAAAUUGCCUCAAUUUUUUUUUCUAGGAUUGGUAUGCUUUUACUAUUUUGAUAUUUAUUUGUACCCCUAUUUUUGGGUACUAAUUCAGUGUCUUAAUAUUUUAAAAAAACACUAUUUUAUUAAUGCUACAUUUUAGUUUUACAAGUGUUGGCAAAAAGAGAAGCUAGGUUCCAAAAGAGUAACCUACAGAGUGCAGGAUGUAACAUUUAUUAUGCUGACACUCUGGUGGUUCAGAAUGGUAAAAGUUAAUGUUCUGCAAUUUCAAGUUGAGUUGAAUCUUGUUUUAAUUAGCAUUACAUGAUUCUAAAAGGGAAAUAUUGGCUUUUGAAAUUAAUUGAAAAAUUAUUGUAUAAACAUUGUGCGUACACAGUUAUAAGCAAGGUUUCAAAGUGGUAAUAUUCAUCUGGGAUAUUAGAAAUAUUCCAUUGCUUCAACUGGAAUUGCAUGGAACUUCCAGUAAAGACUUUGAGGUUUGUUUGGCUGUAGUGUAGUACUGCAUUGUUUAGCCAUGGCUGAGUUCACUCCCUCUUUGGGUGAGAAGACAGGUGACCAAAAAUGGCUAGUCAGUCUUGUUGAAUACAAUAAUGAUUCCCCACUUUUUCCAUAUGAAAAGAGAUUUUUUUUCUCAUUGUGUCAAGAAAAAAAAGCUAGACUGUGGUUGAUGCAAAACUGUCACUCAGAAUUCAUAACCUACACAGUGAGUAUUUUUUGUACAAAAGCUUUUAAAAGAAACUAAUAUAAUACUCCCAAAAAUAAUUGGAAUACUGUUCAUUGAAGCACCAGCAUUUUGGUGAACAGAAUUGUUCCAAUUUAAUUAAUGCAUUGUAUAUAAUCCCACAAAUAAGUUUUCCUUAAAAAAAAAUCCUACUUUUUAAUGCUUGUAUAACCAUGUUUAAAGUCAAAGUAGGACUAUCCAAGUGAGAACUGUCUGAAGGCUACCUCACUCGUGGAACAGAGCAACGUGCUCUCUCAAACAGAGUCACAUGACACUUCUUUCUUGUAACUGAUUUAUCAUCUUGCUUGUGACUGGUGAUUUUGUAAGGUUUGCAAUUCCUUUCAAGUCUUAGACAUCACUGGUUAAGUGUGAGAAGUUUUAACCUUUUGAAGAUUGUAUGAAAUUAACAUUUCACAAGUUAUUCAAAUCUUUCCUCUAAGCUAACAAAAAUGGAAGCAUGAAGAAAUGAAUAGGGAUGUAAUGAUAUGAAAGUGUUAAAUUGGAUAAUUAGUUUUAAAAGAACAUUGUAUCUUAUAAAUGUAUCAAUAUCUUGUGGUAUUGGUAUAAUGAAAGACUAGCGCUAAGUUGUUUACCAAAUGUGCUUUGUACAAAUAAAUAUAGUUCAAAACUCUGCGCAUUUGUGCUUGCUUUCUUUACAUUGUUUUUAGGAAUU